AUGAAAGAAUUAGCAAAACCACGGUCUGAAAUGACUCAAGAUGAAUUAGCAGCUAAGGAACAGGAAGAAUUCAAUGUUGGUCCACUGUCAGUACUUACUCAGUCGGUAAAAAAUAACGCUCAAGUAUUGAUCAACUGCAGAAAUAAUAAGAAAUUAUUGGGUCGAGUUAAAGCUUUUGACCGGCACUGUAAUAUGGUUCUAGAGGGUGUGAAAGAAAUGUGGACAGAAUUACCAAAAACUGGAAAAGGAAAGAAGAAGGCAAAGCCAGUAGCAAAAGAUCGUUUCAUUUCAAAAAUGUUUCUUCGAGGGGAUUCGGUUAUUAUUGUAUUGAAAAAUCCAGCGAUUUCCACCCAAAGUUAA